AUGGCUUCAGACAGCGUUUCCAAAGAAGGUUUUCCUAUGCACUGGCUUGAAUUCGAGCAAGACUGGCUCUCUUUCAGAAAGCUUCUGCGCAAUCUUUUAAAACUUGCAGCGCAGCGCGAGACUUGGUUACAAAAGCUCCUUGAGCGCGAUCCAAUGUGGCGAAGUAACGACAAUGCUGCUCAACAGGAGAUUUUCCACACUGCGAAGUCGAUUUAUCACACUGUUAAUGCUUCAGCUGUUUGGGAAUUGGCCGACCUCCAGUGGCCAUUGAGCAAGUAUAUUACCCUCUUCCAUCCGACUUCCGUUGGGAAAGCUUUGAGCGAUAGCGAUAAUAACUUGGACCAACCACUCUCGACGGAAAUAAAGACAGACAUCAUGCAAUCUUGUGAAAAUGUCUACAAGGAGCUUGGAGAUGCCCUUAAGGCUAUAAAACGCCUCAAUGAAGAAGACCUCCAAAGCUCAGAGUUCGCGAAGAAUGCGGGUGACCCGGAUGAUCGCUCAUCGAGUUCCUCAGAAGGGGAGGACGAUGAAGACGGCCAGGGGGAGGGGCAGCCAGAUGUCCGGUACGAUAUGGCUCUUGUGUCGACCUAUCACAAAAAGCAUCAGAGGGCCAUGGGCCGUCUCAUUAAGUCUGCUUUUGAGGCUGCCCGGUCGAGAGCAUCAGAUUUGAGAGACAUUAAGAUGAAAAUCAAGGCUAUGGAUCAAGAAUUGGAAAAGUAUAAUGUGGGACAGCAAAUUCCGAACGUUAAACUCGGAGUAUUUCCGAUCGAUGUAAUGUGUUCUUAUUGGCAAAAUGGUGGUACGGAGAAAGACCUUCAUGAUACUUGGAUAAUCCACCAAUUCUCGGAAGGGUUUUGCAGGGAUCCGCCAGUUUGGACAAACAAAUAUCCAAAUAUUGAAGAAAGGGCCGCGUUCUUCGGAUGUGACCCCCAUUCCGGUAUUGCUAUCAACGCGACGACAGAGAAAGCGACUCGGAAGAAGGAGAAGAAAAAGAGGGAAGGGAGACAGGCCAAUUUCUACAGACCACUAUUUGACUUGCCAGAGCGGAAAGCGACUCAGCAUUCGGCAGAGCCAUCACAAGGUACAUCUUCUCGCAAUGCCAAAUUUCCUACGAGAGACGAACGCGCACAGCGGAUGGCGGCAACGACUAGAAAUCCGGCAGAGCCCGUCUUCGGGAAUGCCGGGCGAUCAAACAAAGUGGGUGCAAGCUCACACCCGCGAAAAGGGAAUCCUCCUAAGCCGGCCCCAAAUCCAAAUGUGCAAUAUCCUGUGAACUUCUCUCAUGCUCUUCUCGGGGGCCCGAGCUUCCUCAAUGGGUUUCGGGUUCCCAUCCAAGUACGAAGUACCAAAAUCUCCACAGACGACAUCAAGCCAGGUUAUACACUGCAAGGACAUCGGAUCGUGGCUUGGAAGUCCGUGAGCCAGAUAGUCAAAGGCCCACAAGGACCCAGAGAGAGUGAAUACAGAAAAUACGUGGUAAGGCUUGCUGAACACGAGUAUCAGUACAGAACGCAAGACGAAUGUGGUGGUGGAGCUGUGUGGGGAAGGCUGGCAAGCAGACCACAGCUUUUGAAAACAAUUAUGCAAAUCGAUGUCGAAAAGGGCCAACUAUAUAAGGACGCCUUCCAGCAGUUCGGCUUUGGACUUGACUGGGUGGCGCUUCCCCCGCAAAUGUCAGUUAUCCCUUCCAGUAAGCCACCUACGGUCGUGGGUGUCUGGUACCGCAAAGAGCUUGAAGGGCCAAAAAAACAAAUGGCGAUAAUGUGGACUACACUUGUUCAUCUGGUUGGAAAACGACUCGCGGAGGCAUAUGUUGCGCAACUUUUUGAAAGAGCCUAUAAUGUUCAAGUCGAUGCUUUCAAGAUGGGGGGCUUAUGGGCAGCUCUCGAGGUUGCUCAACCUCUAGUCAGCCCACCGAAUGGCCUAUCGAGAGCCCAUCGACAAGCUCAAUUAUUUGCUCAGAGCGGUAUUACCCAACAGCCUAAUCAAUUUCAGAUCCCAUGGCCAGGUAUUCCGGCUGGGUAUGCAAAGUCAUUGUCGUCGCAAAGGAGUAUUUUCAACGGCAAUACACACACAUCCGGAUCCGGUAGGAUCACGAAACGUGCAGGGCCCAAAACGGACCCGGGAGAGGAUGAAAUGGAAGUUGAGUAUCCAGAUCGAAACUAUGAAGAGGAUGAAAUGGAAUUUGACGAUCAAAAUGGAAUAUAUGGCCAGAUCGCUCUACCACUCAGUGAUGAUGAGGUAGACGGCGAAGAGUGGAAAACUCACUGUGAGAGCGACAGCGAUAUUGAUAUAUUACCAACCAAGGACCAGAAUCUUACUGAGAUAAGGCAGAGCCGGCCUUCCCACGCCCAAGCAUUAUUCGGCGGAAACGGAAAGGGGAGCCAGCUCUUCCACUCCCCGGGCCUAUUCGGAGGAAACGGAAAGGCCACAGAGAUGAGUGCUGACGCAUCUGGGAAGCCGGAAAGGCCGAAUGUAGAGGAGGUGAGGGAGAGCCAACCUGCUCAGGUACAAGGGUUAUUCGGCGGAAACGAAAAGGCAGCAGGUGCUGAGGGAUCUAGGAAGCGGAAAUCGCCGGAUGCAGACCCUACAGGCGCAAAAGAAAACAGUAUAGGUGCUGUGGCAGUUGUUAACUAA